AUGGCGGCAAAUGAAGUAAAUGAAGUAACAACCCUAAAUCACAAUCAUCCACUAUAUCUCCAGGUAUCUGAUGCAUCUGGAGUUGUUCUUAUUCCAAUCAAGUUAACAGGGCAAGAAAAUUAUGCUUUGUGGAGUCGUUCAAUGAAGCUGGCUCUCAAGAAAAAAGAAAAGCUUGGAUUCGUUAAUGGAUCGUGUGCAAAAGGAGAUUACAAAGGAGCAUUAGAAAAACAAUGGGAAAAUACAAUAUCUCACCAGAACCUACUGUGGUUUGAAAUUGCCACUUUGAAACAAGGAACUGACUCUGUUACUCCAUAUUACUCGAAAUUGAGGGAUCUAUGGUUUGAACUGGAUGUGAUGAUUCCAUCAUGUGGAUGUAAUUAUGAAGAUUUAACUUCAUAUGUGGAGCAUCUAAUAUCACAAAGACUACUUCAGUUUUUGAUGGGAUUGAAUGAAAGCUUUGGAAAUAAUAGAAGUAAUAUUUUGGCUAGAAUACCUGUGGUGACUGUAAAUAAAGUAUAUGCUAUUGCAGCACAAGAAGACAGACAAAGAGCAUUGGAAGUUAUGGACAAAACCAGAGAUGCUUUAACACUUCUAGUAGGCAGGACUCAGGGAUACAAAUCAAAGCCAAAGAAGUCUGUACCUCCGGGAAUAAUUUGUGAUCACUGUGGAUUUAAAGGUCAUUUUAAGGCUGAUUGUUAUAGGUUAGUUGGCUAUCAUCUAGAUUUCAAGAGCAAAAGGAAAGGAACUAAUGAUUUCAAAUGUGACUUCAAGCCUGCAAAUGCACACCUGACAAAGAAUGCUGAUGAUUUUCCCAAUAGUGGACUUUUCAAUGGCAAGGUAUUGGGGAUUGGUAAGGAAAAGGAAGGUAUGUACAUAUUGAAGGAAUCAAUAAAAUCCACAAUAAAUGCAGUAGUUUCUGAGAAUGCAGAUGCAAAGCUAUGGCAUUUAAGAUUGGGACAUCCAUCAACUGGAAUAAUGCAAGAUAUUAAGUCAUUAAAGCAUUUCUCAGACAAGAAUAUGUCACACAACUGUGAGAUUUGUCCUUUAGCAAAGCAAUGUAGAUUGAAAUUUCCUGUCAGUAAUAGUAAAACACUUAGAGUUUUUGAAUUGAUUCAUGUUGAUGUUUGGGGAUCUUAUAGCAAGCCUACUCCAAAUAGAAAGAACUACUUUGUUACUAUAGUAGAUGAUCAUAGUAGGUACACAUGGAUAUGUCUGAUUCAUUAUAAGAGUGAAUUCAUUGUAGUUCUGAAAUAUUUCAUUGCUUUAAUAAGAAACCAAUUUGACUUGUUUGUGAAAGUCUUGAGAUAUGAUAAUGGGGCAGAAUUUUUCAAUUCUUCAGUUAUUGAUUUUCUUGCAUCUCAUGAUCCUCCAACUACAUGUGCUGAGCCUAUUGUGUUGAAACAGUUAGUAGAGAUGAAUACUAUUGUUUCAGCACCCACACAGUCUCCUGAUACUCAUGGUCCAAAAACCUGA